GUAGCAGCGGCGGCGGCAGCAGGGAGCUGGGAACGAGCGGAGGAAGUCCGCUAACUGCAGCAGCAGCAGCAGCAGCAGCAGCAAUUGCAGCGGCCGCCGCCGCCACCAGAAGCAGCAGCAGCAUCCUCAGCAUCCCCGGCUCCUGCCUCCUUCUUGCUGCUGCUGUCUUUGAGCGGGCGACUGCUCACUUUGCCGACGCUGCCUGCCAGAGCUCCAGUCAGAGCUUCAUCCUGGCCGCCACCGCUCUCUCUCCAACUCGCCGAACGCCUCCUCUUGCGCGUGGAAAGCGGUGGCCAGGCUCAAGUGGGGAGGGAGCGAGGGGGGUUGCGAGUUUGGCUUGCUUUGGUUUCGCCCCCCCCACCCCAAUCUGCUGGGGGAAUCCUGUCUCUGGCAGCAGGUCUCUGCUCGGAUCCGUGGUGCUUGCCAAGUUUUCCUCCCCUCCCCUUCGGUUUCCAGUUGCCAGCUACAAUCUGGGGUCCUUUCCCGCUCCGGAUUUCUAUACAGAUCGCAGCUCCCUAGCCCCAGCUCUUUCCUUCCCCAGCUCUCUGUCUCUGUCUCUGUUUCUCUCUCUGUCUGUCCGUCUGCCUCGACAUUUAUCUACCAACCGCACAAACGUUCCCGUCCCCCUCGGCAUGCCCACGGGCAGCUUCUUCGCCUCGCUGUCCUGGGAUUCAGAAUGGCUCGGAGCUAAUGGAGAACGAGGAGGACAGUGUUAAUAUCAGGCUUUGGCAUCCGUUGUCAAGGGAAAGGGGCCCGAAGAAUGGUCUAAGAGGCGGCCCUCCUUCAGUUCCCCGUUAAGCAGCACCAAGUACGAGGUGCUAGGAGGCUGCAGAGCAGGGGCGCACGGGGCUGGUGGAGCGGCAAGGAUAUCAACCUGCUGCUAACUGAAUUUGAUUGAUCAGAGGGGAAUCCAAAAUAAAUGGCUACUCUCGUUGUACUGCUGCUGUGGAAAAUGGAACACCAGUGGCUAAUGGGACAUGGUUUGAUAAAGAACAUCAAGUAAAGAUGUUUCAAUAAAUGUGAAAUCAAUGGAAGAUCCUUGCUGUUUGAAAAGCUUUUUGAGAUUAUCCUGACAGGCUCCCCUGGAAACCUGAGGGAACAUUCCUUCUUCGGCUGUCUUAUUUUUCACGAGUGGAUACAAAUACUGUUACUUCCUUGUCAACUCCACACCUCAUGUGGGACCAUGGUCCUGCCAAGAUCCAUGUGGCUGAACUGUGCCUGGGAAGCAGGGAUGGCACAUCUUGUACCGCGGGGAUUGGACGCCACACUGGCCCUGUGCAUCUUUGGUUGUUUGCUUCAGGUCUCUGCUGUGUCUUCACAAAAGUUGGAUGAUGCUGACCCACUGGUGACGACCAACUUUGGCAAAAUAAGAGGGCUUAAGAAGGAACUCAAUAAUGAAAUUCUGGGGCCUGUGAUUCAGUUUCUUGGGGUUCCAUAUGCAGCCCCACCUACAGGGGAACGCCGUUUUCAGCCUCCUGAGCCCCCAUCCUCUUGGUCAGACACCAGAAAUGCCACUCAGUUUGCUCCUGUUUGUCCGCAGAACAUUAUCGAUGGCAGGUUGCCAGAAGUCAUGCUCCCUGUUUGGUUUACUAAUAAUUUGGAUGUAGUUUCUUCCUACGUACAAGAUCAGAGUGAAGACUGCCUCUAUUUAAAUAUCUAUGUCCCAACAGAGGAUGGUCCCCUUACAAAGAAACACACAGAUGAUUUAGGGGAUAAUGACGGAGCUGAAGAUGAAGAUAUUCGGGACAGUGGGGGCCCCAAACCUGUGAUGGUGUACAUUCAUGGUGGCUCCUACAUGGAAGGCACAGGGAAUUUGUAUGACGGCAGUGUCCUGGCAAGUUAUGGGAAUGUGAUAGUCAUCACAGUCAACUAUCGGCUGGGGGUACUUGGUUUCUUGAGUACUGGAGAUCAAGCAGCAAAAGGGAAUUAUGGACUCCUUGAUCUAAUACAGGCUCUAAGAUGGACUAGUGAAAACAUUGGAUUCUUUGGUGGUGACCCUUUGAGAAUCACCGUUUUUGGAUCUGGCGCUGGGGGGUCAUGUGUCAACCUACUGACUUUAUCCCAUUAUUCUGAAGGUAACCGUUGGAGCAAUUCAACCAAAGGACUCUUUCAACGGGCAAUAGCUCAAAGUGGAACAGCCCUCUCCAGCUGGGCUGUUAGCUUCCAGCCUGCAAAAUAUGCCAGGAUGUUGGCUACAAAAGUUGGCUGCAACAUGUCUGAUACUGGAGAGCUAGUUGAAUGUCUACAGAAGAAGCCUUAUAAAGAACUUAUUGACCAAGAUAUCCAGCCAGCUCGAUACCACAUAGCCUUUGGACCAGUAAUUGAUGGUGAUGUAAUUCCAGAUGACCCUCAGAUAUUGAUGGAACAAGGGGAAUUUCUCAACUAUGAUAUAAUGUUGGGUGUUAAUCAAGGGGAAGGGUUAAAAUUUGUUGAAAACAUAGUAGAUAGUGAAGACGGGAUUUCAGCUAGUGAUUUUGACUUUGCUGUCUCCAAUUUUGUUGAUAAUUUAUAUGGAUACCCUGAAGGCAAAGACGUUUUGAGGGAAACUAUUAAAUUUAUGUAUACAGACUGGGCAGACCGACAUAAUCCUGAGACUAGACGCAAGACGCUAUUGGCUUUAUUUACUGACCAUCAGUGGGUGGCACCAGCAGUGGCUACAGCAGACCUUCAUUCGAACUUUGGUUCACCUACAUACUUCUAUGCCUUCUACCAUCAUUGCCAAACAGAUCAAGUCCCAGCUUGGGCUGAUGCAGCUCAUGGAGAUGAGGUUCCUUAUGUGUUGGGAAUCCCCAUGAUUGGUCCGACAGAGUUAUUCCCUUGUAAUUUCUCAAAAAAUGAUGUGAUGCUGAGUGCAGUAGUGAUGACUUAUUGGACAAAUUUUGCUAAAACUGGUGAUCCAAAUCAACCAGUCCCUCAAGACACAAAAUUUAUCCACACAAAACCCAAUCGUUUUGAAGAAGUAGCAUGGACCAGAUAUUCACAGAAAGAUCAACUCUAUCUCCAUAUUGGAUUAAAACCAAGAGUAAAAGAGCAUUACAGGGCCAAUAAGGUGAACCUCUGGCUGGAGUUGGUACCUCAUCUGCACAAUCUCAAUGAUAUUUCUCAGUAUACCUCUACUACAACUAAAGUGCCCUCAACUGAUAUUACCUUCAGGCCAACAAGGAAAAAUUCUGUACCUGUCACGUCAGCCUUUCCUACAGCCAAGCAAGAUGAUCCGAAGCAGCAACCCAGUCCAUUUUCUGUUGAUCAACGCGACUACUCCACAGAGUUGAGUGUGACCAUCGCAGUUGGGGCAUCUUUGCUAUUUCUGAACAUCUUGGCCUUUGCCGCUCUCUACUACAAGAAGGAUAAGAGGAGACAUGAUGUUCACAGGAGAUGUAGCCCUCAACGUACAACAACCAAUGACCUUACCCACGCACAAGAAGAGGAAAUAAUGUCCCUCCAAAUGAAGCACACAGACUUGGAUCAUGAAUGUGAGUCUAUCCAUCCACAUGAGGUGGUUCUCCGGACCGCCUGUCCCCCAGACUACACGCUAGCUAUGAGGAGGUCUCCUGAUGACGUUCCCUUAAUGACCCCCAACACCAUUACAAUGAUUCCCAACACUAUACCAGGAAUCCAGCCCUUACACACGUUCAAUACAUUUACUGGAGGACAGAACAAUACUCUGCCCCAUCCCCACCCCCCACCCCCACUCACAUUCAACAACCAGGGUAUAGCCAGACAAGAUGAAACAAACUCUAUUUUUUGACGGAUUACAGUAAGCAAUUACUGGGGAUUGCUUGGCUUUCAACCUACAAAGACUUACUAUUUAAAUAAGGAGGAAUAUUAUGUGAAUAUACAUAUCAAGAACUUUUGAGGUUUUGAAAAAAAUGAAUUGUAUAUAGUUACACAAAUGAACUUUAAAAACUGAUCUCGAUUGCUUGAAGCAGUUGUUCCGAAUGAUACUUUUUCAUUCACAUUCAAGUAUUAAUUUUUUGAAGAUUUAAGUUACGUAAUGGAAUUAGGCAUGUGCAACACGAAACAGGAAAGAACUACGACUGAAAUUUAAGAACAAAAAAAAAAUCUAUAAAUAUGCACAAGGGACACACUAAUGGAAUGUCAGAUAAUUUUCACCAGUUUUUAUUUGGAACUGUUUUCUUGUGUAGUCCAUAUUUACUUAUUUGGAUAAGUACACAAAACACCAGUGCUGUUAACGGCCUUAGUAGAGCAAGGCUCAUGCUGAAACCUGCUGGUCAAACAGCAAAGUGAAACCUGGCAGGGUCAACAUUUUCACAUAAGUGCUGUCAGUAUAAAUUGGUGGGGGAUCAAGGAAACUGGGGGUUUUUAGCACGUCGUGCAUGAUCAUUGAUAUGCUUCCUGGCUGUGCUGCUGAUUAAGCUGCAAUUAAAAUUCUUCUCAUCCCAUUGGAAUUUUUUCAUAGAAGCUUCCUCCAUCAAUUGGCAGAAUCCAAAGAAGAUUUGUAAGGGGGCAGAAGUUAUUGCAAUAGAAUAAUUUAGAGUAGCUUCAGGAAUAAAAGGUGUUAGUUAGGAAAGGUAGCUGAUGAAACUAUAGGGAUAGGGGUGAACACUCACUGAUAUGAAUCCCAGAGAGAAAACAAACAACUUUCUGUAUUUUUAAUGUUCUUUUAUGUUUUCAUCUGAAUAAUUUAUAGAAAUGUUGCCCAAAUGGGACUUGUGUUGAAGGAAUUAUAGUUUGCCGUGCUUUGGUUAAAACUGUAUUUCGUUCCUCUUGGUAAGGUGAAGUGUGUCCAAAGAUUUCUUUACGAUGGUAUUUCACGAUAUAAGGAUGCCCCAAUAUUGCCACUCUGAUUACAGCUCCCGAUUCUUAAUUUACUCAUGUUGCAUGACAAAAUGUUUACUAAUACUAUUUCGAUAAAAAGUCACGUCCCUCCUUACAUUUCGUAUCCUUAUCACCGAAGUUCAUUCACCGGAAUUUGCUGAUGAGAUCUCUAGCUAGCAUCCAGUGUAGGUAGAGAGGUUAGAAAAGGAGAGUCACCCAAACUGGAGGGUUUUAGUCAUUCCUGUAUGUGUGAUUUUCAGCAAUUGUUCUAAGAUCACAGGAAACUCUCCAUUCCCCCAUUGUUUACCAGUACCAGUAUAUCACAGACCUUUCCAAAUGUUUGUAUAUGUAAUCAGAUGUACAUUUAUAUUAAAAGAAAAAAAAAUGAGAUGGACUUAAGAGCACAUCCCUGAUGAAUACUUUCUCUCUGACCUGUACUAUAUUUCUAUUAGACUAAAGUUAUGUGAUUUUUUUUUACAUUUUUUCAGAUUACUAGCAAUUUUGAUAGUUUGUAAGAUAAUGCAAAGAACUUUCUCUGACAAACUAACUGCGGUAACAGAAACAUUUCUUUUUCAGUUACUCUUUUUCAAGAAUGAAAGCUUAUUACACACACACACACACACACACACACACACACACACACAAAAUUGUAUACUACUCAAUGGAAAUUACUUUGUACUUCUUGUCCAUGUUCCUGGUCACUGAGUGAAAUAAAGAUAAUCUGGAUAAUGAUUAUUAGUCCAAUGCUAAGAGACCUGAAUCUUUGCUCAUUAAAGAGCUAAAAUGUUCCUUGCUGUUCUGUCAUUUUUUACAACAAAAGUAACGAUGACAGCCUAAUGAGUCAUCACUCUAGACUAGUCAGAUUUUUUGAAGACCACCAUAUGACUUCUACAAGUCAAUUCAAUUCCACAAACAUUUAGUGAGUGCUUCCUGUGUAUAAGAAAGAACCUGGGUUGGGUGCUGGGUAUGCAAAGGCUAAAACAAAAUGGUCCUCACCCUCCAACAGCUUAUAAUGAUCUGCAGGAGAUGCAAUAUGUAAACCUAUGAAUGAAUAUCAAAUAUGUGCAAAAUAAUACAAACUCACUGGAAAGGGGAGAAAGUGUCAGUCACUGGGAGAAGGGUAUCAGGAAAGGACUCAUGGAAGAGGUGGCAUACAAGCUGUGCUCUGAAUAAAGCAAGGAAUUCUAACAAAGCGUAGGAGAGGAAGGAAUGCAUAUUAGAUGAUGGAAGAUACCCUGGGAGACUAAGCACAUUGAAUGCAGUUCCUCAUAAAAAGCUCAAGGUGAUGAACUUAUUACCCUCAAAAAGCAUAUACAUAUGGCACGGGUCUUCUAUUGUUCAGAUCUUUGUUAUUGAAACAAGCUAACGCAUUCCUAACUAGAAAUAUGAUGAAAUAAAGACUCCAUUUUUGGUCAUCUGGGAAGAGGCUGAAUGGAAAUAAAUGACCUACGUUUUGUGGAAUGGAAAUGGCCUACUUCAUAAUAGGAGGGCGAUUAAAGUUUCAUAUAAUAAUGGAUCGAAAGUUGUGCUUCUAAGAGGAUCUAUGAGUGCUGAGAAAGGCAUUAAAACUGACACUGAAAGAUAAAGCCCACGAUUUUGCACAUUUCCUUUAUUUUUUAAUGCUUUCUCAACCCCCCCCCCCAAAAAAAGUAUAUGAAUCAUUAGGGUUUUGUGUGCACAUGGUUCCCCAAUUUUAAAUGAAAAUUUCCAGUAACAGUAUCAAAUGAAAAAACUGUCUGCAGAAUCCAGAGUGGUUCCUAUGCAAUGACUGCCUGACGUGGUUUUGCAUUUAGACCGUGAACUAUCAUUGUGAACAAAUCAAGAGAGUCACUUGCCAUCUGAAAUACCGAUUCAUAGGAAGAAUGCAUUUCUCUGUGUUCAUUAGACAAAAGAAUAAAAAUGAAUGCAAACUUUGAA